UUAAUUGAGUGAGUUUCGUGUGUAUAUAUUAACUUAUUUAAGAGAGUGAGAGAGAGAGAGAGAAAAGAGAGACUAUGGGGAUGUUUUUGAGAAGGGGCUCGAUAGUGGCGUGUGUGUUUAUGUUACUGCUGUCGACUCAAGUGUUGGGAAAAUUAUCUAGCAUAGAUGAUCAUGCCAAUAGCGAAAACCGACAUCACAAUAACAAAAGAAACGGUAGAGGUGGAGGUGCUGGAGGUAGUAUUGGAGCAGGAGGUGGUGCUGGAGGUGGCAUUGGAGUGGGAGGAGGCAUAGGCGGUGGUGGUAGUGCUGGUGGAGGCGGUGGUAUUGGAUCAGGAGGAGAAGGAGGUGGUGGUGGAGGAGGUGAAAGUGACAGUGCUGGUCGUAGUGGAGGAAGCUGUGCUGGUCAUGGUGGUGGUGGACAUGGUAGUGGUGGUGCUGGUGGAGGUGUAGGUAGAGGUGGUGGCAUUGGAGUUGGAGGGGGAUUUUCUGGUGGUGUAGGUGGAGGCGCUGGUGGGGGUGGAGGCGGCAGUGUUGGUGGAGGAGGACUUGGUGGUGGACGGGGUAGUGGUGGAUCUGGUGGUUCUGGUGGAAGUGUUGGCGGUGGAGGUGGUGCUGGAGGAGGUGUUGGUGGUGGAGGUGCCGGAGGUGGAGUAGGUGGUGCUGCUGGUGGAUUUGGUGGAGGUGGUGUUGGAGGUGGAGUAGGUGGUGGUGCUGGAGGUGGAGUAGGUGGUGGUGCAGGUGGUGGUGCCGGUGGCUUUGGUGGAGGUGGAAUAGGUGGUGGUGCAGGUGGUGCUGGUGGUGCAGGUGGUGCUGGUGGUGCAGGUGGUGCUGGUGGUGCUAUCGGAGGGGGUGUUGGAGGAGGUAUAGGUGGUGGUAUUGGUGGAGGAGGUCGUGGCAGCGGUGGAGUAGGAGCCGGAGGAGGAAUUGGUGGUGGAGUUGGUGGAGGAGGCCGUGGUGGUGGACGUGGUAGCGGUGGAGCUGGCGGUGGAGUAGGAGGUGGAGGAGGAGUUGGUGGUGGAGUUGGUGGAGGAGGCGGCGGUGGUGGAGGAGGCCGUGGUGGUGGAGGUGCUGGUGGUGGUGUAGGAGUAGGAGGUGGAGUUGGCGGUGGUGUAGGAGCAGGAGGUGGAGUUGGCGGUGGUGUAGGCGGUGGAGGUGGUGGUGCUGUGGGAGGUGGUGCUGGAGGAGGUGUUGGAGGCGGAGUAGGGGCUGGUGGUGGUGGUGGUGGUGGAGUUGGAGGUGGUGGAGGCGGUCUUGGCAGUGGUGUUGGAGGGGGUGGAGGUGGAGGACUUGGCGGCGGUAUAGGUGGUGGUGGAGGAGUGGGAGGUGGUGUAGGAGUUGGAGCUGGGGGAGGAGUUGGAGGCGGUGCAGGAGGAGGAGCUGGUGGUGGUGGUGGUGCAGGAGGAGGAGCUGGUGGUGGUGGUGGUCUAGGGGGUGGAGGAGGAGUCGGCGGUGGUGUAGGAGGCGGAGCAAAUGUUGGUGUAGGAGUUGGAGCUGGUGGAGGAGUGGGAGCUGGAGGCGGUGCAGGAGGAGGGGGAGGUGGUGGUGGUGGUAGUGGCACUGGUAACCGAAGACAUUAAAUCGGAAAGGGCAGUGACUGUUACCAAUUGGGUACUUUAUGCACGUUACUUCCAUGCAUGCUUAAUAUUAGUAAUGAAUAAAACAAGUCUGUAAAGGAAAUCGAUUGAUGUAGCCCUUUAGACUUGGCAAUGGAUCUAAAGCUCCCCAUACUUGUAUAGACUAGCCACGUAUCGAUAAUGUUUCUACUAGUGUGAUUUUGAAUAAACGACAGUUCUGUAAAAAGUUAUAUAUAUAUAUGCGACGACAGAAUGUGGCA